AUGCCCGCAAUGCUGGAGGACCCGACCGCGCCCAUCAUGUAUCGCACCUCUGGCGAAAUGCCCUACCCUAUUCCUGGCGCCACCCUUCCCCAGGGCAUCGUCCCGCGUCAAGUCACCCUUCGCGACCGAGUAACCAUCGCGACCAUCAUUCCAUUCUCGACGCCGAACCAGGUCCCCCUCACCUUGCUCGCAUACCUCGCUGACCAGUUCAGUCGUGAAAUUGAGAAGGGCGACACGUACCCGAUGCUCGAUCCCUUACCGCUCGAGUCCUUUGGUCCUUACUGGUUUGGUGUAUUUGGCGCUGUUAUGAUUCUUGGAGACGUACACAACAUCGAUGAAGUACACCACAUGGUGCGGACAGGCCGUGAUUGGGAAAAGGAGUGUCUUGGCAGCUUUUAUAUCAAACCAAAUUACCCUGGCAGAUCCAGCCAUGUCUGCAAUGGCGGAUUCCUGGUAACGGAUGCCUCGCGGAAUCGAGGCGUGGGACGCUUGAUGGGUGAGACGUACCUGGAGUGGGCGCCGAAAUUGGGGUAUACAUACUCUGUCUUCAAUCUCGUGUACGAGACCAACGUUGCUUCCUGCCGAAUAUGGGAUGCUCUUGGCUUCAAGCGCAUUGGGCGCGUCAAAGGGUGCGGAAACCUCAAGUCGUAUCCUGGCGAGCUCGUGGACGCCAUAAUCUACGGGAGAGACCUUGGCCAGGACGAUGACUUUGUAUCAGAAGAGCGGUUCGACAAGAUUCGCUUCUACCUGAAGAACGGAAAGUACCCGAAUGGUGCAGACAGGGCGGAGAAGAGUCGCCUUCGGAGCGCCGCCACACACUACAAGCUCAUUCCCGCUGAAGGAGACCGACCUGAGAAGCUCGUCCUGAAAGGAAAGGAAGUCAUCUCGGAUCCCCAAAGGCAAUACGAGAUUGCUCGAACGGUCCAUCAUAAGUCCCACGGAGGCAUCAACAAGACCACAGCUGCCAUCGCUGAAGCAUAUCAUUGGGUUCGGAUAAAGGAAACCGUCAGCCAAGUCAUCCGAAACUGUCCAGAAUGCAGCGAAAUGAAUAAGGGGCUGUCAGCCAUGCGGGAGCGAGAACCAACCCGGUCACCCUCUCCUAGCGAUCAACUACAGAUGGAAGCGGCCCAGCACGCUCAGCAUACACAGAUGAUGGACCCCGUACCUCAGUAUAACAACUACGACAUGCCUGUCGAUCCAGCACUAAUGGAUGGCGUUAAUCAGACAGCAAACCUAGAAGACUUACCACCGUCACCAUUCCUGGCCGCCGGCCGUGGUCUCCCAAUGCCGCCACUACCUAGCUUGGAUUCUCCCAACCCCGUUGCCCGCAAAACCGAGGACACUCCAAUGUCGGGAGUUGAAGUGCGAGCACCCACUGCGAAGGAAGAACUUCGGCGUCGGCUGACGAGAGCCGGAUAUGGUGCUAACAAGUGA